AUGGCUGUCAUGGCACUCUUGCUGACUCUUCUCUGGCCUUUUAGCGCGAGAGCAAGGUUUUCCUCGCGAGGCUCUGCGAGCAGGCCGAGCGCUACGAUGGAAGUUGCCAACUUGAAUGGUGAACUCUCGGUGGACGAGCGCAACCUCCUGUCUGUUGCCUACAAGAACGUGGUCGGCACCCGCCGUGCCUCCUGGCGCAUUAUCUCCUCGAUCGAGCAGAAGGAGGAGUCCAAGGGCUCGGAGAAGCACGUCCAGAUCAUCCGUGAAUACCGUGGGAAGAUCGAGAAUGAGCUGGAGAAGGUCUGCCAGGAUGUCCUGGAAGUCCUGGACAACUCUCUCAUCCCCAAGGCCGACAAUGGCGAGUCCAAAGUCUUCUACUACAAGAUGAAGGGUGACUACCACCGUUACCUCGCUGAGUUCGCCUCGGGCAACAAGCGCAAGGUCGCUGCUACUGCUGCUCAUGAAGCGUACAAGAAUGCUACCGACGUCGCCCAGACCGACCUUACCCCUACUCACCCCAUCCGCCUUGGUCUCGCCCUGAACUUCUCCGUGUUCUACUACGAGAUCCUGAACUCCCCCGACCGCGCAUGCCAUCUGGCCAAGCAGGCAUUCGAUGACGCUAUUGCUGAGCUCGACUCCCUCUCCGAAGAGUCGUACCGCGACAGCACUCUCAUCAUGCAGCUGCUGCGUGACAACCUCACUCUCUGGACUUCCUCCGACGGCGGUGAGCCUGAGGCUCCCGAGGCCAAGGAGGACAAGCCAGCCGAGGGUGAGGCCGCUGCUCCCGCCGAGGAGAAGACUGAGGAGGCUGCUGCCCCGACUGAGUCGUAA